UCAUAUCUUACCAUCAGUAGUAACUGAUUUGCUUCUACAUGCCUGCACCACCAAGGGAGAUUAUUCUGGAUGCUUUUGUCUCCUUUUGUCAGUCUUCCCCAUGAGCAUCCUAUAAAAGUUCAUGGAGUAGUAGAGUCUAUGAGUGGGUAAGAGUGGGUAAGAACUCUCUGUCAAUGGCUCCAGUGGUUCUACAUUGUCAUACUAACCCCCAAUCAACUUUAGCAGUGUGUUAAAUUUUUGACUGAUUUCUUCUUAUCUGCAUAUCUUUCUCCUUGCUCUCUACCAUUGAUGGAUAGUCUGAACACCUUGUGGUGCUUAGGGAGUUGUGGAAAGAGUGUGUCUCUCUUUGGAUUUCAGGCUACUUGGUUGCCUCACUACUGCACCUUUCAGGUAUAAGAAGAGUUAUGUUUUUGUGGUUUAAGUGGCUUGUUAGGUUUGGAAUUAUGUUUUCAACUGCUUCUUAGGUGGAGUUGAAAUUUGGUCCCUGAAUCCUUUUGAUAUGAGCCCUGUUUGUUUAAUUAAAAAAUUAGAUUAAGAGGGCUAUGUUUCCCCAGCCUAUCAGCGCUUUCACGGUAGGCUUGUUGAAGAAAACCACCGACUUUGUGGGAUUGGCUGUAUGUGAGAAUCCACAUGAGAGGCUAAGAAUAUUGUACACAAAGAGUCUUGAUGUUCUUGAGCAAAUUCCUAAAAAUGCAGCAUAUAGAAAGUAUACAAAACAGAUUACAAAUAAGAAACUGAGUAUGGUUAAAAUAGAAUCAGAUGAUAAGAAAUUAGAUCAACUUCAGGGCGGCCAACUUGAAGAGGUGAUUAUUCAGGUUGAAAAUGAACUAAGUCUGGCAAGAAAAAUGAUAUAAUGAAAACCAUGGAAGCCUUUAGUGGAAGAACCUCCUGCCAACCAAUGGAAAUGGCCAGUAUAAUCAUUAUUUUUAUUUUUAUUUUUUAAAGAUUUUAUUUAUUCAUGAUAGAUGGAGAGAGAGAGAGAGAGAGAGAGAGAGGCAGAGACACACAAAAGCAGGUGCUGAACCGCUGAGCCACCCAGGGAUUAUUCCCCAGUAUAAUCAUUAUUAAAUGACUAGUGUGUUGAUGAGAAACUAGUGUAAUUAAAUAUUCUGUUAUAUUAAAAAAAUAAAAAUUAGGUUAAAAUACAACUUUUAUUUACCUUAAGUGAAAACUUUCAGGCUAUGAAUUUGCCUCUUGAGUAUAGCUUUAUUCACAUACUUAACAUUUUAUUUAGAUAUGAUUUUUGUUGUUUGGGAGCAUUUCCUCAAUAAUCCUCAGUUACUUUACAUUUUUUUCCUCCUUGAUCUAGUAGCUAACAUUUAAAAAAAU